AUGGAAGAGAACAAUAAUACUAGCAAGCCUAGUAGAAGGGCUGGUGUUACAUCACCUUAUAGAGGUGUUAGAAAAAGGAAAUGGGGAAAAUGGGUGUCCGAAAUUCGUGAGCCAGGGAAGAAAACAAGAAUAUGGCUAGGGAGUUUUGACACACCAGAGAUGGCGGCCGCUGCCUAUGAUUCAGCUGCAUUGCACCUCAAAGGGCAUGCAGCAAAGCUAAAUUUUCCAGAGUUGGUCGAGUUUCUCCCUAAACCAACAAGUUGUAGCCCUGACGAUAUACGUUUUGCAGCUCAAGAAGCUGCAUUAAAAGUCAAGAGAAAUUCUCAGGAGAUGGCAAGUUCUAGUGCAACUAAUAAUUUAGCACCAGUAACCAUAGGACUAUCUCCAAGUCAAAUUCAAGCUAUUAAUGACUUCCCUAUGGAUUCACCAAAAAUGUGGAGUGAUGUCACUAGAGAAUAUGUUGGAGAAGAGACAAUGUUUACUUGCAACGAUUAUGAAAUGAGUGAUUAUGAAGAAAUGGAUGAUUGCCUAUGGGAUUCCUGAACAAACUGAUUAUAGAUUCUGAA